GUGAUUAUCCGUGACGUCAUAUUUUCCACCAUAAGAUGAGAAAAUCCAACCACAACAAGAAACCAAACUAAUAAAUCGCUGAACAGGCUGACUUAUAGAAUAAAAUACUGCCAUAUUUGACUUCUAGAUAUAUUGUAGAAAAUUCAUAAUUGGAGAACAUAUCAUUUCAGUUCAGCCGUUUGGCUAGAAUGUCCCGUCAUGAGGGUGUAAGCUGUGAUUCCUGUUUGAAAAGUAAUUUCCGCGGGAAGCGAUACAAAUGUUUGAUAUGUUAUGACUAUGACUUGUGUGCAACAUGUUACGAGGCUGGAGCUACUACAACACGUCACACAACAGAUCAUCCUGUACAGUGUAUCAUCACUAGAUCAGAUUUCGAUAUAUUUUAUGGUGGUGAGGCUUUAACUGCUGAGCAGCCCCAGGCUUUUUCUUGUCCAUAUUGCUCCAAAAUGGGAUUUACAGAGGCUUUGUUACAAGAACAUGUGACCGCAGAACACGCUGAUACGUCAGUUGAAGUGGUUUGUCCAAUAUGUGCAUCAUUACCUGGUGGUGACCCUAAUCAUGUUACAGAUGACUUCGCUGCUCAUCUAACGUUAGAGCAUAGAGCACCUAGAGAAUUCGAGGAACCUACUGGUAUUCGUCAUGUGAGAAGAAUUCCACAUCCAGGUCGAGGUGUGAGUGGUGCACGUACACGCCGUGCAACAAAUAUGCACUUUUCGUCCGGUGGCACUACGUUAACUGGGUUGUCUCCCAGUGGACGGGAGGCAAUGGACCCUAUAGCAGAGUUAUUAUCCCAACUUUCGAGUGUUCGGAGCAGGGCUGCAGCGGCUCAGAGCGUCACAUCACAAUUACAACAGCUUGAAAUGCAACUACAGACAACCAGUGUUCCGUUGAUUUUCAGGCAACAGUUGGAGCGUACUCCACGGAGGCAGGCAGAAGCGGCCAAAACAGCAGCAGCUGCUGGGGUAACAGCUAACGCGGAGAGCCAGGGUGCUACAGGAGGUGGAAACAAUAACAACUCUAGUUCAAAUUCCUUGUAUCUACUUUCAAGAUGUACAGAGCCUGUGAUAGAUGAAAGUUCUACAGAAAUACAACAAGAACGAUCCAACCGUAGCUUGUUCGUUCAGGAGCUCUUACUGUCAACUCUAACGGAACACUUACAAAUCAAUGAUAAUACGUUAGAAAAUAUUGAUAAACUGACAGAAACAUUAGCGUUUACAUCAUUAUCAGAAGAAAGUGAAAAAGAAAAUGUUAAGAGUGAUUCCCCUGUCCCUUUGGAAGGGGCUGGGGCUGUUGCAAAAGAAAUUGCAGUGGUCACAACAAAAAAUACGACGGAAGCCCUUAGUCAAAGCAACGGGGGUGCGACGGGUGUUGGUAGUAAAACUAUAGGAACUAAGACCGUAGAUAAAGUUGGGACUAAACAAAAAGCCACAAGCAGUUUUACACCUCAUAACGGUAAGGGAGCAUCGGGGAGUCAGUCAAAUCGAGGGGUAAGACAGAGCUCUCUCCAUUACCAAAGCCAGGGGGAACGGGAACGCCACAGUCAAGCCUUGCACAGUAUGCGGCAAGGUGCGAUGAUGCAGAAUGCCGUAGAUUUGUCAAAUAAUUUAUCAUUAAAUGCUAGGGGAGGAUCUGGGUAUGAUACAGCGGACAACCCACAGCCAUUACCAGGGAGGCCUGGGUCUGCUGGGCGGGAUAGAGAUGGGCGUAUGAAUCCGCCUACUGCAAAGCGAAAUAUGGUGAAGCAUUUACCAGCUACAAAAGCAUCAGACCGGGAACCACCACCUCACUGAAAACAAACAUUAAAGAAAAAAUAGACACAGAUUUAUGAAAAAAUUAUGUAUAGUUGAAUUUGUUUUCCCUUUAACUGUAUUGUGGAUUUAUAUGAUUGAUUUAUUUAUUGACCUAUAGAAAUAACACUUGGGUGCAUAUUUAGAUUUUUGACUCUCUAUGAGUGAUAGGAUAUAUAUCAAGACUGUGCACUGACAUUGUUUUCAGCCAUGUGCUUUCAUUGCUUGCUCACUUUAUUUCAUUAAGGGUAGAGUGGAUUGUAGGUUACAAGGAUAGAGAAUAAAGUAAAUGAGCCGUGCCAUGGGAAAACCAACAUAGUGGGUAUGCGACCAGCAUGGAUCCAGACCAGCCUGCGCAUCCACGCAGUCUGGUCAGGAUCCAUGCUGUUCGCUAAUAGUUUCUCCAAUUCCAAUAGGCUUUAAAAGCGAACAGCAUGGAGCCUGACCAGACUGCGCGAAUGCGCAGGCUGGUCUGGAUCCAUGCUGGUCGCACACCCACUAUGUUGGUUUUCUCAUGGCACGGCUCAAAUAUUUGUCAAUGUGUUAGAAUAAGAAAAUUUAGACAAGACUCUGCAACUGAUAUUUUACAUCUACUGUAUAUAUGACACAGGUAGUAAGGAUUUAACUGAAAAUUUGCAUAAUUUUGGGUAUUAGAAUUAUCGAAAUUUGAUCCAAGUUUUAUUAAGAUCAGAACUUCAAAUCCAGAUAAUAAUAAUAAAUGAAAAGCUUUGCAUAAAUGAUUUGUUUAGGUAUUUUGCCACUGACAUUGAACAAACUUUUCAAAAUAGUUCAGAAGCUUCCUCUGCAGUCUAUACUUAGUUUAAAUGUCUUCACCCUGUUAGUCUUCUUGGCACGUUUUUAAUGUUAUUAUUUUUUUUUGCUUGUGCAAUUCAGGAGCAUGUGAUUUUAGUUAACAGCUAGACUUGGUUAAAACAUAUUGUUCCACACUUAUACAAAUGUUCAGAACUGAUAUGGAUACAUUUUGGUUUGGUAUUUGGUAUAAGUGUAAGGUAAAAUUUUGUUUUUGCUACAUUUUUUUGUAGCUUUUAGAGACUUUAAUUAUGCUAAAUUGAAUGAAUUAGUUACCAUGCAUAAAAAACAUCCCAUCUAGAUUUGCAGAUAUUCACAAUGACUUUUCUGUAUUUGCAGUUAGAGCUACAUUCAAAUUUAUAACACACAGGGACUUCAACUUUCACCCUGCUAUAUUUCUAAAAUGGACUGGACUAUCAUUCAAGUUGGGCAGUACCACUUAUUACUCGAGGGGGUGUUAAUUGAAAAUAUACUGACUGAAGAGCGAACAGUGCAGACCAUGAUCAACCUGCACAGUAUUUUGGUCUGCACUGGUCGCAGAAGCAAAGUCUCUUGCCGACAGUAGGCUGAAGGUUAAUCAGUAUUACCACUGCACAAACUAUGAUACAAGCUACUGAAGGAAAAGAAGCAUUUCUGUAUAUGAGCCAUGCCAUGAGAAAAACAACAUAGUGGGUUUGCAACCAGCAUGGAUCCAGACCAGCCUGCGCAUCUGCACAGUCUGGUCUGGAUCCAUGCUGUUCGCUUUCAAAGUCUAUUGCCAUUAGAGAAACCAUAAGCGAACAGCAUGGAUCCUGACCAGACUGCGCGGAUGCGCAGGCUGGUCUGGAUCCACGCUGGUCGCAAAGCCACUAUGUUGGUUUUCUCAUGGUGCGGCUCAUACAAAGUUGUGAACAAAAAAAGCCAAACUUACGCUGAAGAUUCCCUGUUCUGUGGUUGGUUAAAAGGUUUUCAGUAAAAAAAAAAUCACCCCUAACAUUGAUUUGUGGAUUUGAUUUUUUUAAAUAAAAACAAAAUUGAAAAUUGAAGGUUUACAUGUUUGAGCUAUAUAUUACAUUGGUUAUUUUUGUAACUACUGUUGAAUUCAUCUUUUCCAUUACCAGUUUUUUCUUGUUGAAUAUUCUUGAGAUACAAAAUAUUAACAUUAAUGUUGUACAUAAUUCUAAAAAAAACUAAUAGGAUUUAAAAAAAAAAAAAUAAGAUUUAAUUUCUGAAAUAUCUUCAUUCAUUUUAAAUUUUUUGGAAGAAAAAAAGGAUUUUCUUUGUAAAGUUCAGGUAUUUUUUGACACCAUGAAAUUUUGAAAUUUAAUUUUUCACUUUAUGAGAUAUUUGAAAAAUUCAAAAAUAUAUUGCUUCUACCUCUUCAGACAUAUGUAAUAAUGUACAGUCUGUAUCUAGAUCUUGCAAAAUAAAAUUGCAGUUCCAAGAAAAAAGCCCCAUUAUGGAUUUGGUGGAACAAAGCAGAGGUUUCAUUUGGGGCCAGAACGCGGGGAAAUCCCCCUGCUAUAGUGAUCUCUAAAGCCCUGGUUACUUUUCCUGUAGCUAUAAAAUUUUAAGUCGGUGAAACCCAAGACACCUUUCUAUUACACAUCUUCCACUUUCUACUUCAGUAAUUAAUGAAACCCUUGUUGAAACUUCUGUUUCCUAGGCUCUAAGUUUUAAAUUAAAUUCAUGAAUAGAAAUAUGGAUAAGGCUGUUAUGUAAGAGCAAGUUGUACUUUUUAUGGCUCAUCUUCAUUGUGAGGUUUGUCGUUGAUAAAUUGUGCACACUCAUUUAUAUUUCAAUGUUAAUGUUGUAACAAUUUUUACAUCAUUUCCUAUUCAUGAUUUGUAAUGCUGGUUAAACAUAUAAUGAAAAUGAUCAAGGUAAACAAAAGUGUUUCCUAACUUACGAAAAAUGGAAAUCACUUUUCACUGUUUUACAAGUUUUUAUAGAACCUUGUAUUUGUUAUUGAGCAAAAAAAAAAUGUCCGGAUUUAAUGAGUUAUUUGAAGAACCUGUCCAAAUACAUGAAUUAUUUAUCUGCUAGAAAGCCAUUAAACCAUACUUUAGCAUGUUGGAAUUACAAAUACAAAUAAAAUAUAGUAGGAAUAUGAAAGAUGCAAGUAUUUACAUUAUGUAAGGUCAUUGCAACAAUACCAUAAAUGUAUAUGGAGAAAACUUUGUGACAAAUUUUAAGAUUAGGUAUCUCAUUUAUAUGUAAUAAAAGAAUUUAAGAUAUCUCGUGUACCGGUAAUAGAUAUUUGAAUAUAUUUAUUGCUCCAACCCAUCAUAUUUCUUGUCAUCGUAAAUUUAUGUUAAGGUAGUGGACAGGUAAUGACAUUUCCCAAUGAUUACAUUUGCUUUUUAAGCAGUUAAGCAUUUUUCAAAUGUAAAUGUUAUUCAAUGCACCUGUGGCAUUCCAUAAAACCAAAGUAUGCAAAAAUUUCAAACGGAGAAUAUGUUAUAUGCAAAUUGUCAUUAUAUGUCUGCUGCCUUAAUCAGUUAGACAGAGGAUAGCCUGAUGCUGUAUGUGCUAGUUUAUUUGUUUCAUUUUUUCUGCCAAAAUGUGUAUGAAAUUAUAUAGUACUUCCAUCUAAUUUUGAGUAAUUUCCUCUUGCUUAAGUGUUGAUGUUUAGUUUGCUAAGAUCAUUGUCAGCUAUACUCCUUGCUAUGCUUACAUGUUUUAAUAUGAGCCGCACCAUGAGAAAACCAACAUAGUUGUGACCAGCAUGGAUCCAGACCAGCUUGCGCCUCCGCGCAGUCUGGUCAGAAUCCAUGCUGUUUGCUUUUAAAGCCUAUUGCAAUUAGAGAAACAGUUAGUGAACAGCAGGGAUCCAGACCAGACUGCGCUGAUGCGCAGGCUGGUCUGGAUCCAUGCUGGUUGCAAAUGCACUAUGUUGGUUUUCUCGUGGCGUGGCUCAUAUAUUGGUUAGCUAUUACCAUGGUAACAGCGAAUUUUACUGGCAUUUUCACGUACUUGAUACAGGAUUAUGGAAUUGAUAUCUUCCCUUUUCUUUCUGUUUCUUAAAGGUGAAGGAUAACAAAAGCUUCAGAUGUACCUGUUUAAUUUGUUCCAAUGCACGCUUAUAAAUAUGGCACAGUCAGUUGUUUUGUUUUUUUGAACAUUUAAAUUCUACUUACUUACAGAUUUUUCGGCCAUUGGAGUUGGUCAAUUUUUCUUAAAAAUGCUCCUAAUACAGUGAUGGAUAAAAUGAUAAAAAGAAGCAAAAUGCCUCCCUACUCGAUAUUCCAUUAUGUUUCUCAUUCAUAUAUACACAGUAUGUUAGAUACAAAUUGCAAAAGGUAAAAAUAUUACUAUAAGCUGUACACUGAUCACAGAUUGCUUCAGAUGAUGACAGGGAAAUUUAAGAAUAAAAAGCUAAAAUCAUUUCUUCUUUUUAUCUGCAGUUUAAGAAAGGUUUACUGGUACCUUUAAAGUUUUGGGCAGUUUAUAAAUUUCCUAAAGUUUCAUAAGUUACUUUACUUUCCAGAACAGUUGUAGCAGCAGUGUUUUCAUGGUGCACAUAUUAAUGAAAAUGAAAAUCAUGUGUUAUGAGAUCAUUGUUAUAUCUGUACUAUUUGAGCCGUGCCAUGAGAAAAUCAACAUAGUGGGUGUGCGACCAGCAUGGAUCCAGACCAGUCUGCGCAUCCGCGCAGUCUGGUCAGGAUCCAUGCUGUUCGCUAAUGGUUUCUCUAAUUGCAGUAGGCUUUAAAAGCGAACAGCAUGGAUCCUGACCAGACUGCGCGGAUGCGCAGGCUGGUCUGGAUCCAUGCUGGUCACAAACCCACUAUGUUGGUUUUCUCAUGGCACGGCUCAUUUGAUAUUUUGAGCGCUUAUUGGAAAACUGUUGUAAGUUUGAGUUAGACCGUUUUCUAUUCAGCCCUCAGUAUUACGUUAGAUAAUUGUGCUGUAUGCUGUACAAGUUGCUUUACACUAAUUCUCUUGAUUAAACUGCGUCUUGUGUAAUACAGUGUAAUAGGUAUGCGAGUCUUUCUCUGAGAAAUGUUACGAUUCUGUGCUAAUAUAAUGCAUAACAUUGCUUUGAUGCCAAACUGUUGUAUCUAUAUAUAGAUACAGACCUUGAUACAGUUGUGUUGUGUUGAGGUAAAAGUGUAUCAAAUACAGUAGUGUUGUACUUAACCAAAUGUGUUGUAUUCAGAUACAAUGUAGUGUUGCACUUUGGCGACUAUUCUAUCAGAAAAUGAAACUACUGUGCAAAGAGAACUGUAAAUUAAUUUGACCUAACACAUAUAUUUAUCAUGUUCUGUAAUAAACCAUUCUUGACGAAAAUAUAUGAAACAUUUUGUUUAAACAGAGAUGUGAUUCUUGGCUCUUAAUAGUUUAACUAUUAUUACAAAGUUCUUCAUUUGUAUAUGUUAUGAAUUCCUAGUUUUUAAUGAAUGUAUUCAGUUAUUAAAGGAUCAUCAAGAGGUUGAGGUUUGAAUUCUUGUGUGAGUUUCCAAAUUUUUUAUUACUUUGUGUACUUAAUUAGAAGUGUCUGCUAAAGAUUGAAAUAUGAAUGAAGUAGUUAAUUUCACAUGGAUUUAUGUCAAAACUAGAUUUAACAAGUGUUUAUGAAAAUGUCUACACAGUUCACACUGACCAAGAAAAACUUCUUUCUGAAAGAUAACAGCAAUUGAAAAUUCUGAAAAGGUUGGGGUCAUCAGAUGCGAAAAGAAAUAAGUGAGCAGUGAUGAUGUUAAUGCAGAUUUCAAAACUGUAUUAAAUAAGAUGUAUAGGAAUUCGUAUUCCAGAUAAAUUUCAGAACUGAAAUUUGAAGGACACACUAUCUAUUUGUUAGAAGCACCCAAGGUCAUCCAUUUAUAUAAAGUCUGUGACCCUAAAAAAUGCCAUGAAAACACAGAACUUUAUUAAUUUAAGUCUGAACCAUGAAUUGUCUCAAAUAUUGUUAAAGUUUAUGUUCUUAAUUUUUACAUCAUAGUCAUUGAUUGAAAUAAUUUUAUAUGUUAUAAGUGCACAAGUACCCAUACAAGUAUGAAAUCUCAACCUCAUUAAGAUAUCAUGCGUUACUUGUUCCAACCCCAGUAAUUAUAUCAACUUGAUGGCUGUAAUAAUUCUUACCAUAUGUACUGGAAUGAUUUCACACCAUUGUAUUGAAAUACAAUGACACUGUUACAAUGAUUUUUCAUGUCAUUGUAUUGAAAUACAGUGACACUGUAACUUAUCUAUUAAAUGGUUACAUAUUGCUUUUUAUAGUAUCACACAAUUUCUCAGAAACGGUUCUUGUUCAAAAGAACUGUAUAUUAUGUAUAUUUUAGUUGUUUUCUUUUUGUUAGAUAAGGAAAUGUGUGAUAUUCUGUAUAUGGCUCAUUAUCUCUUCAAGAGUUGUUCCCCUUACUCCAUGUUACACCCACUAGGAUACAUAUGUAUUCUGAACAUUACAACAAUUUCCUAUUCUAGCAAAUAACAUUCUAUGACUAAAUUCAUUUAUUAUAUAUAGAUAAGCUUGCCCUUUCUGUUUAUUUCGAUGUAAAUGAGAUGUGAAACCGAAAUUUGUAGUCCUGUUUGGCACCAUAUAACCUAUACUAUGUUGGUGCACCGUAAACCCAAAUAAAUAAAUAAAUAAAUAUUCUGCUGUCAAAAUAGUAAGGAAUUGACAGUUUUGAUGAGAUACAUGUAUUGAUUGUACCAGUAGUAAGAAUAAUUUACAUAUCUCACUAGUGUUUGUCACAGACACUAGGGUUAGGUGUUCAACGAAACAAACUAACAAACAUAUCCUACACUUCUGGUUGGUAUGUUAGUUGCUCAUGGAGAACAUGUUUCAAGUUCUGGUAAGAAAUCGACCAUUCUAGCCAGAUGAAAUACAGAUUUACAUAAAAAAUUAAGGACAUCUAUGCAUUCCAAAAUGGCAUAGAAUGAUCGAACAUAUGUUGUAUGGUUAACAGGAGGUAGAAUUUUUGAUGAGAUGUUUAGCCAUAUAAGAACCUUUACAAUUGAUAAUUUGACAAACAUUUGCACAGAGCAUUUGCCUUUGCGAAACAUUUUAAUCAUAGACAUGUCACGAUCAUUAGGGUAUCUAUAUAUUUUUAUUCAAGAUCAAUAUGAAUGUAAUAUAAAUCUGUUUUUCAUGCCAUAUAAGAGUCCCUGAAGUUCUUGAAAGCACUGCAGUUCACAUUGAUGCACUGUAUAUACUAUCCUACAUGGUAGUUUAAAACAAAACUGUUUUGUAUGGUAGAAGCUUGCAAUUCUUGAUAUUAACUGAGUUGAUUUCAGUAAAUAGGCGUUUCUUUACUAUCACAAAAUGAUCUGCAUUGUAAUGUUGUGACAAACGAUUGAAAAUUUCACUAAAUACUUCGGCUAAAAGUUGUUUAUCAAAAGGAAAAAUGAGAGAAUGACUGGAUAGUUUAGCAAUGUCUUAAAUAGUGGUGAAAUUGACAAUACUCAUUAUCAAGGUAAUUAAGUGAAUGACAAGCUUUAGAGAACAUGCUUGGUAAAUGUUUGUCAAAUUAUUAGAUCAUUGUGCUGUUAAUUUUUUUCUAUUCGGUCAAAAAGAGACUAUACUGAGAAAUAGUGAUGGUGUGUGUUACUGGCAAUGUUUAAUGCUAUUAAAUAAACCAAUAUAAUACUAAA